AUGGCCGGCGUCACGAAGCGGCUCGUGCAUGAGCUGGCGGCGCUGCAAAAGGGGCGCGAUGCCAACGAGCUCGUCUACCGUCUCGAGCCGGUGCGCGAAGAGGACCUGAUGGAGUGGCGUGCGGAGCUCAUUGCGCCCGCCGAAGGCGUCUAUGGCGGCGGCCGCUUUCUCGUGUCGAUCCACAUUCCGCCCACCUAUCCUACCAAGCCGCCGUCGAUGAAGUUUGCUACCAAGAUCUUCCACCCGAACGUGAGCUGGAAGACGGGCGAAAUCUGUUUGGACGUGCUGCAGUCGCAGUGGUCGCCGGCGUGGACGCUGCUCAGUGCCUGCACGGCGGUGCUGGCGCUGAUGGACGUCCCCGAGCCCGACAGUCCCCUGAACGUCGACGCGGCGAACCUAGUGCGCUGCGGCGACGCGGUUGCCUACCGCUCGCUCUGCCAGAUGUACACGGCGCUGUACGCCGCGCGAAAAGGCGCGUAG